AUGGCUGCAGGCAAGAAGGCGAAAGCACAAGCGCGGAAGGCGGCCAAAGAUCCCGUGUCGAAGAAGGAGCUGCCCGAGUCCUUCGAGCAUUUCGAAUUCAGACCAGCACCAGGCAAAGGCAUGGGCGCAUUCGCAACGAAGGCCAUCCCCACUGGCACGGUCCUAUUCGUCGAGCAGCCACUAUUCACUGUUUACAGCCCGGACGACGACCUCGCAGAGCUGGAGGUCCAGAGAGCCUACGCAAAGCUGAGCACGGCGAACAAAAAGAAGUUUGAUGCUCUACGCGAUCCCAAAACAGAGGCAGGCAAAAACCCCUUCGGACUGAAGUUUUACAAGUUCUCGGCGAGCGCGUUCCAGAGUGGAGAUGGGUCGUCCUCCUGCAGCCCAAUCGGCUCCCGCUUCAAUCACUCUUGCCAGCCAAACGCCGUCUGUGCCAUUCACGGAAGCGGCCAUGCUUUCAAGACUUUGGUGGAGAUCAAGCAGGAUGAGGAGAUCACCUUCUGCUACAUGGAGCAUCUCAAUUUCAUGACAACCGACGAGCGUCGUCCUCAGCUCGAAGAUCGGCUCGAUGGGGACUGCAAAUGCGAACUUUGCUCGCUCCCGCCAGCUGAGCGAGUGGUCAGCGACAUGCGUCGCUUCCUCAUACGACGCCUGCUCUACAAGGUCCAAGGCAAAGACUUCCCAGGGGCCACUCCGCCCGUCAAAGGUCUCAAGCGGUACGGGCACGCGGCCUACGGCGAGGUGACACUGUACGCAUUGCUGGCAGCCAAGCUGGCGGAGGCAGAGGGAGUGAUCACUGGUAACACUGCCCAGUUCAUGUUCACCUUGGCAGCCAAAUUCCUCGUCAUCCAGUACUACAGCAAAGGCCUGAAGCGCAUCUCUCAGUCGGCGCAAGUCAACGUGCGUGUCUGGCUGCAGAAGUCCGCAGAGUUCAUCCAACGCACGAGCCAGGACGUCCUGGGCGAUGGCGAUGUUGACUGGGCCGAUACGCGGCGCCUGAUCAACAGCGUUGGCAAGAACGGCGAGCUGCCGCCUCUCGGUCGCUUCAAAGAGUUCGGACCGCGUGUCCGUGGUCGCGACUUCUGA